AGGCAGGCCUGGCAGGGAGAGGGAAGAUGACGGCGACCGGGGAUUCAGUGUUGUAUCUAGUGGCGGAGGAGCCGGCCUUGAGACUAAUUCUGGCCAUAUUCCUUGUGUUGCCACAAUAUGAGGUGCAGGUGAAACUGCCAGCGACCCUAACAAUACUGGGGCAAGAAGUGCCGGUGACUGUGUGCAGCAGAUACACGUACGGAAAGCCGGUGUUGGGAAGGAUCAACGUCCGAGUGUGCAGAAAGUUCUCUGACCGUUACAAUCUAUGCCAAGGGGAAGAAGACGGGGUUUGUGAGGAGAUUUCCCAACGUGCCGAUCCUAAUGGCUGCAUCUCGGAUGUGGUGAACAGAGUCUUCCAGAUGAGACGGGCAGGUUAUGAGAUGAAAAUCAUAGCUUCGGCCAAAAUAACAGAGGAUGGGACAGGGAGGAGUAGAUGAUGAAGUGACAUUGGCUGCCUACAUAGCGAUUGCUCUUCUGGAAUAUCCGCUCCCUGUCACACAUCCUACUGUCCGAAAUGCUCUCUUCUGCCUGGAGAGUGCUUUGGGAGGCAAGAACAGCAUCUACAAAAAGGCCUUAAUGGCUUACGCUUUCACUCUUGCUGGAAGGAUGGACAUCCGCCGUCAGCUCCUACAGUCAUUGGAUGAACAGGCCAUAAAGAAGGAUGAUUUUGCUGUGACCAAGUACAGCGCCCCCUGCAGUGCAAACGAUGGUGGGAACAAUGUGUAACGGUGAAGUUUUGCGAAGGAACAAAGAAGCACCAGCUGUGAUCAAAUAUCCGAUUGUGAGAUCCACGGACUUAUAUUUUUGAAAGGACAUGAAUGGCUUCAGCAGCUUAUCCACCCGUGUAUGGGCACGAACGCCGGCCUCCACCGACUGGCAUCUGGCCUGAAACCGGCAGAUCUUGAUAGGGCAGGUUUGAAUUUUCUUUAAGAUUGGGAACCACAUUUGUUCGUUGAUGCGGUCCCUGAACCAACGGUGCCUAUACCCACCAUUGUAAUUUGUUUGGCCCUAGGGACAAAA